UUUUGUUCCCUCCUUGCAGAAUGUUGUCGUCAAGAAGCUUCUUUCAACAGUGGGGUUUUGCCAUUUUCCUACUCUGUUCCCCGGUGCCUCACUACGGGAAACCGGUCGCUUCUCUCACUAGCCGAACGAAGCGCACCGUCACUCACGCUCAGCUGAUGCACGACAAGGGCCGCGCGCUGCACGACUUCAAACGGCACGUGUGGCUUCAGGAGCUGCUGCACGGCCUGCACACGGCGGAGGAGCGGGACCUUCCCAUCCAGAGCGGCUUCAGCAGCAGCAGCAGCAGCAGCAGCAGCAGCGGCGGCAUCGCGAGCUCGAGCAUCACUAGCAGCCUCCAGCCCAAGCCCACCGGCAGCACGAAAACGUACCCGAGGGGCUUCCCUCUGCAGGAGGAGGAGGAGGAUGAGGAUGAGGAGGAUGAGGAGGAGGGUGGCGGGGGCACUAACCUGCCGCAGGAGACCGACAAGUUGCAGACGUACAAGGUGCCGGCGCCGAAGACGGCGAGCGGGAGGAAGAGGAAGGGGCGCUCCGGCAAGCGGCGCGACUGCGACAAGAGGAAGCCGAGGCUGCCGAGGCUCCGGUCCCUCGGGCUCCCGGGGCGCGAGAGGGGCCCGUGCCCGGAGCGGGGGCCGCACGGCAGGCCGCGGGGGGCGCCGCGCUAGGACGCCGUCGGCGUGCCGACGAGAUGCGCGAGCGGCGUUAGGAGGGCAGGCGUCGCCGCGGAAACGGCGGACGCAAUUCGACGCGUGCGUUGUCGAGCCACGUGAGGAAACGUACCCGCCGACUCGUCUCCUCGCGGAUCCCCACAGACGCGGUAACAAGACGCCGAACGAUUCGUGUCGCAUGUACUUCGGAGAACGAUAUUUAUUGUCUGUACAUACAGUGCAUGACGCAGCUGGGUAGCGAAAAUAGUCAAGCAUGAUUCCACGCUCUGCGAAGCGUCACUUUCACUCUUGGUGAGGAGCACGACAAUUGGAAAUGGCAGAAUAGCAAUAAUUUAUUUUCUUUCAAUGGUUAUUUAUUGUAUUAAUGUUUCACGGUGCUGCUGACUGGAUUUUUUCUGACAAUGAUGCACUUUUCUAUACUGUACACCUGUAACGGACUGUACGCAUCGCGACGCUACCUAUAUGUAUCUUGAACGGGCCCAAUAAAGCGUUCUGUGGUCCAUUUGGAUGAAGAAAAUGUUGUUGGCCUCUCGCUCACUUGUGCGCUGCACUGUUUUCAGCCCGCUCAUCCAUCCUUCCUGGGGGCGCUUUCUUCCUCGUCUACGACCGGGUCGAGCUGCGCGUGAAGAAAAAGGCAAAAGCUGCUCCUGGCGCCACCCGAGCCGACGGAACCGUCCGUUUCCAAACGGCUCCCGUUCGCCGACCCUUUCUCUCCAGCUUUUUUGUUUCAUCACGUUUUUCUCGAGUCGCUUCGCUGUCCGUCGACAACAUUCGCAUCUUUUAAAUCUCAGUCGCUCUUUGCCAUCGCGAUCCUCAGCCCGUGUUCUUUUCCUCCUGCGAGUCUCACUCCUACCGCGCGCCGGACACGCUGCGCGUGACAUGAGCUCACGGACAGAGUCGUCCGAACUUGCGCAGAAACGUUUGUGUCUCGCGUGCUGCUUCGCCUUUUUCCGACCUAUUUCUUACCAACGGUACGUGACUGACUACAUGGACGGAGAGGAGACCCCACCUUGCCCGGGAGAAGCACGCGAUAUGAACGGUCGCGGUUCGGAAGGUGUGAAAGCAGCGCGGAGCCGAUAAAUGGUCCGUUACGAGAGGAGGGCAGAGCACAAGGGAGCAGUGCUUGGAAAGCAGAGUCUCAGUCUGUCAGAUACAGCAUCUGCAGGGAACAGAACGGCGGAGGGCAGGAAGAUGAGUGGCAGAGUGCUGGUGUUUCAGUCUUUUAAGAACCUCUUAUAUUUUUGUAAGACAGGGGAAUGAUAUCCAUUUUCAAGACAAAAUUUCCCCAGCUUUGUUAAAGUGCUCUGGUUUAACAGCACUUUGUA